AUGGCGUCCGAUAUCGCCUUUUUGAUGCCCCAGCGAAAUGCGAUCGCUGAUCCAGCCCUCGCAGCUGAAUGGGCGAAAAAGAAGCUCUGCUGGGUGCCAGAUGAAAAAGAGGGAUUCGUCCUCGGCUCAAUCAAGUCCGAAAACGGAGACGAGUUGACGGUUGAAUUGACAGAUUCUGGCAAAAACUUGACAAUCAGCCGCGAUGAUGUCCAGAAGGCCAACCCGCCCAAGUUCGAUCGGGUUGACGAUAUGUCCGAUCUCACCUACCUCAACGAAGCCUCGGUGCUCCACAAUUUAAAUCAACGCUAUUAUUCGUCACUAAUUUAUACGUAUUCGGGUCUCUUCUGCGUCGUCAUCAACCCGUACAAGAAAUUGCCCAUCUACUCCGAGAAGGUCAUCGAGGAGUUCAAGGGCAAGAAGCGACAUGAGAUGCCGCCCCACAUUUUCGCCAUCGCCGAGUCAGCGUACAGAAAAAUGUUGCAGGAGCGGGAAGAUCAAUCUAUUCUCUGCACUGGAGAAUCCGGUGCUGGUAAAACCGAGAACACGAAGAAGGUCAUCCAAUACCUCGCCCAUGUCGCUGGCGCAACACGAUCCAAGAAUUCACAAAGCAAUAUGAUUGCGAAGGGAGAACUCGAGUCCCAGCUCCUCCAAGCCAACCCCAUCCUCGAAGCCUUCGGUAACUCGAAGACCGUGAAGAAUGACAAUUCCUCCCGAUUCGGUAAAUUCAUCCGCAUCAACUUCGACAUGUCCGGCUUUAUCUCCGGCGCCAACAUCGAGCAUUAUUUGCUGGAGAAGUCGAGAACACUCCGUCAAGCGCAAGACGAGCGGUCCUUCCACAUCUUCUACCAAUUCUUGAAGGGCACAGAUCCCCAGCAGAAAUCCCAAUUCCUGCUCGAGGAUGUUGAUCGAUACCGUUACCUCAACAACGGCUACAUCCAGCUUCCAAACGUGGACGACUCCGUGGAGUUCCAGAACACAAUCAAGAGCAUGAAGAUUAUGGGAUUUUCAGACGAAGAAGUUGCAUCUGUACUUCGAGUUGUCUCCGCGGUUCUCCUCCUUGGAAACAUCGAGAUUAAGCAGGAGCGCAACAGCGACCAGGCCAUCAUGCCCGAGGACAAGGUCAUCCAGAAGGCUUCUCACCUUCUUGGCGUCAAUGUCACCGAGCUUCAGAAGGCUUUCCUUCGACCAAGGAUCAAGGUCGGCCGUGACUUCGUCCAAAAGGCGCAGAACAAGGAGGCCACCGAGUUCGCCAUUGAUGCCAUUUCAAAGGCCUGCUAUGAACGACUCUUCAAAUGGCUUGUCACCCGCAUCAACAAGUCUCUGGACCGAACCCGUCGGCAAGGAGCUUCUUUCAUAGGGAUUCUCGAUAUUGCUGGAUUUGAAAUCUUCGACCUGAACUCUUUCGAACAGCUGUGCAUCAAUUUCACCAACGAGAAGCUGCAGCAACUGUUCAACAACACUAUGUUCGUCCUGGAGCAGGAGGAAUAUCAAAAGGAGGGAAUCCAAUGGGACUAUGUUGAUUUCGGCCUUGAUCUCCAGCCAACGAUUGAUUUGAUUGAAAAGGGUCUGGGUGUCUUGGCGCUUCUGGACGAAGAAUGUGCCUUCCCGCAAGCAACCGAGAAGACGUUCGUCGACAAGCUGACGUCGAACCAUCAGAAGCACCCCAAGUUCAUCCUCCCCGACAUGCGCGCCAAGAGCGAUUUUGCGGUGGUCCACUAUGCCGGACGUGUGGACUACUCGGCCGACAAAUGGUUGGUGAAGAACAAGGAUCCGCUGAACGAGAACGUCGUCAACUUGAUGCAAAAUGCUAGCGAUCCGUUCGUUGUAAAUAUCUGGAAGGAUGAGUUCCGCCAUCGAUACGAGAUUCUCACUCCUAACAUCAUCCCACGUGGAUUCAUGGAUGGAAAGGAGGCCGCAAAGAGGAUGAUUGAAGCCCUGGAGAUCGACCCAAAUUUGUACCGUAUCGGUCAGAGCAAGGUCUUCUUCCGCGUCGGUGUUCUGGCUACCCUUGAGGAGGAGAGGGACAACAAGUUGACCGACUUGAUCGUCUCAUUCCAAGCCCAAUGCCGCGCAUACCUGGCCCGUCGUCUCUACCAACGCCGUGUCCAACAAAGCAAUGCCAUUCGUGUCCUCCAACGUAACGGGCUCGCUUGGCUGAAGCUGAGGAACUGGCAGUGGUGGCGUCUCUUCACCAAGGUCAAACCUCUCCUCCAAGUCACCAACCAGGAGAAGGUCAUUGAUGAGAAAGACCGAGAAAUCCGCGAAGCCAAAGAGCGUCUUGAAAUCGUUGAACGCGAGUACGCCGAGACCCAGAAGAAAUACGAUCAGGUUGCUGCGGAAGCAAAACAACUCGGCGAUACCCUCGCAUCUGAGGUAGACUCGCGCGCCGAACUCGAGGAAAUCAACAACAGGCUGAACACGAAAAAGGUUGAGCUGGAAUACGAGCUGAACGAUCUUCGCGAAAGAAUGGGUGAUGAAGAGACAAGGAUCCUUGGACUCAGCGAAGAAAAGAAGAAGCUGGCUGAGACUGUCCGUGACCUGGAGGAACAGCUUGAGCAAGAGGAACAAGCCCGUCAGAAGAUCCAACUUGAUAAGGCUAACGUCGAUCAGCGUCUCAAGAAGCUUGAUGAAAGCUACGCCGCUCUCCAUGAUGCCCACGAAAAGUUGACAAAAGAGAAGAGGAGCUUGGAGGAGAGAGGUCAGCAACUCGCCUCGCAGCUCCAAGAAGAAGAGGAACGUGUGAAGCACGUCGGCAAGCAACGCGGCAAGAUCGAGGCCCAGGUUCAAGAGCUCGAGCAAGACGUUCUCCGUGAGCGGCAACUUCGCAACGAGAUCGAAGCUGCCAGGAGGAAGAUUCAGAUGGAUCUGGACGAACAGCGAGAUGCCGUUGAAGAGAAAAAUGGCAAACUUGAAGACCUGACCCAACAACUGAUGCGUAAGGAAGAAGAGCUUGCCCAUCUGUUGACCCGCAAUGAUGAAGAGUCGGCUCAAGUACAGCUCCUUCAGAAGCAAAUUCGCGACCUUCAAUCGACCGUCGAGGAACUGCGUGAGGACAUCGAAACUGAGCGAUCUGCCCGGAGCAAAGCCGAAAGUGCACGCAAAGAAUUGAACGAUCAAUUGGAAGACCUGCGCACGCAGAUGUUUGAGGCCACCGAUAAGUCUCAAGCGUCGCAAGAGAUCCAGAAAAAGAAGGAUGAAGAGCUUCGCGCCAUCAAGAAGGCGUUGGACACUGAACGUGCCCAAUUCGAGAGCCAUAUUGCAGAACAGAAGACCAAGUAUCAGCGACAAAUCGAGGACCUCAUCCAGGAAGCCGAUUCGGCAAAGAAGGCCCGUGCACAGACGGAGCAGAAAAAAGCAGCUCUUGAUACUGAACGGGCAGAGAUUGCUCAGGAAUUGGCUAACUUGAACGCCAGCAAGGCUGAGACUGACCGCAAGAGGAAACAUGCUGAGAAUGCUGUCAUGGAGCUUCAGGCACAGUUGAACGAAAGCGAAGAUGCUCGGCGAGCUGCUUGCGAACAGCUAGAAAGGGCGCGGGAGGAACUCGAUAACGUCAACCGGCAGAAGGAGAGUGACGAGCACGUCUUCGGACAACUAUCACGCAAAGUCACGACACUUGAGCAACAACUCCAAGAGAUGAACGAUAGCCUUCAAGAAGAAACUCGCCAGAAGCUGAGCUAUCAAUCGAGGGCCCGUCAACUGGAGGCCGAUCUUCAGACUUUGAACGAUGAACAAGUCGACGUUGAGUCCCAGAAGGAGCAGUUGAAUCAGGAAGUUAUCGGACUGCGGUCACAACUUGCUGAUGCUCGCAAGAAGGCUGAUGAGGGUGUCAUCAUCCAGCUUGAGGAGCAAAAGAAGAAGGGACAGCGUGAGAUCGAAAAGCUACAGAAGCAGUUGGCCGACAGCGAGUCCGGCAAGGAGCGAAUUGUGGCGGCUAAGCGGAAGUUGCAGGAAGAGUUGGAGGAUAUCGUGAUGGAGAUGGAACAAGCAAAGUCAGCUGCUCGUGAGACCGAGAAAUCCCGCAGAAAAUUCGAUCAACAGCUGGCUGAAGAGCGCGCCAACAUCCAGAAGGUUGUUCUCGAGCGUGACUCUCAUGCCCAGGAAUCUCGUGACCGCGAGACCAGAAUCCUUUCCUUGCAAAACGAAAUGGAUGACCUGAAGUCUCGUUAUGAUGAAGUCGAUCGUGCCAGGAGGACCCUCCAGGAACAGUUGGAUCGAGUCAUGGGUUCCACUGAUGAUGCCUCAAAGCAGAUGCUUGACCUCGAAAAGGCCAAACGAGCAUUGGAACAGGAGUUGGCUGAACAAAAGAUCACAAUGGAUGAGCUUGAAGAUCAUGCCCAGUUGGCUGAAGACGCCCGUCUUCGCCUAGAAGUUAAUCUCCAAGCUGAGAGGAGCGAGAAAGAACGAUUGCUUGGCCUGAAGGAUCAAGAAGCCGAAGAAAAGCGACGGUCCCUGAUCAAGCAAAUCCGCGAUCUUGAGACCGAGUUGGAGAACGAGCGCCGCGGAAAGGGAUCUGCUGUUUCUAACAAGAAGAAGCUGGAGAGCCAAGUCACCGAGCUCGAACAACAACUGGAGGUCGCUAACAGGCUGAAGGAGGAGUACAACAAGCAGCUAAAGAAGAACUCCACCGUCAUCAAGGAGUACCAGCGUGACUUUGAGGAUGCCCGACAAGCCAAGGAGGAGAUCGCAGCGCAAUUGAGGGAUAUCGAACGCCGUUUGAGAUCCUCUGAGGCUGAAAACCAGCGUCUGCAAGAAGCCAACGAGGCUUUGGUGGCCCAAAAGCGACAGCUUGAGGCCGACAAGGAUGAGUUGGAAGAACGUCUUGGCAAAGGCGGAUCCAUCACUUCGGAUGAGAAGCGCCGCCUCGAGGCUAAGAUCCAGCAACUUGAGCAUGAUAUCGAUGAGGAACAGAGCAGCUCCGAAAUCGCCAUGGACAAGAUGAGGCGCGCCCAGCUCCAGGUCGAACAGCUGACCACCGAGUUAAGCAUGGAGCGAUCGUUGUCGCAGCGGGCUGAUGCUGAGAAGCAGCAGCUUGAGCGCCAGAACCGCGAGCUGAAGGGCAAGAUUGCUGAGCUAGAGACGUCGGCUGCCUCUCGUUCUCGUGCUCAGAUGGCCGCUUUGGAGACUAAGAUCCAGUACCUCGAGGAGCAGAACAACACCGAGGCACAGGAACGAAUGAACGCCAUCCGAACUGUUAAACGAUUGGACAAGCGAUUGGCCGAUGCUAUUGUUCAACUGGAAGAUGAACGACGGAACGUUGAGCAAAAUAAGGAGCAAGCUGAACGCGCCAACGCACGAGCCCGCCAGAUGCGACGACAACUUGACGAUAUUGAGGAGGAGCUGACGCGUGAAAAGACCAAGAGCCGCAACCUCCAACGAGACAUCGAUGACCUCAACGAGGCCAACGACAACCUGAUGCGUGAUAUGAACCAUGCCCGAAGUGGGGCCACCUCUCGCCGAUUUGGACCAAGCAAACGUUUCUUGAAGGAAUCCAACGACAAUUUAGUUGAUGAGGAGGGUAGCAUCGUCUCAGGCUCUGAUGCGACCGACGAGCUGAAGAAGUCCUCCUUGAAC